GGACCUGCGGAUGGGAUGGGCACAAGCACAGGAAGCACGAAAUAACAUCGCAUGGACAUGCGCAUAAAAAUUUUCAUCGCCUUCCUCCUUCCCGCCCGUCCGUUGCCACCAUUCCCCAUUCCGCACCCUCCUGUAGCCCUCUGGGCAGCGUCAACCGACGCCAGUUGUAUCCCUGCCCCCUGAUCAAACCAGGUUGACGCGUCAAAGGAGACUGGGCGACCAUGCCGACCCUCUCAUUCAUAUCAUCCAUGUCAUCCAUAUCAUUCAUAUCAUUCAUAUCAUUCACAUCACACCCCUGCCCUGCAGCCUGACAAAAAGGGAGGGCGGCAUUCCAUUGGCUCGACCCUCUUUUGCAGCCAAUGACGUUACUUCUGGAACCGAGACCACUUUGUCAUUAUAACCACCUCCUCCUGAUCCCUUCUCCUUCCACCAUUCACUCUCUCCAACAACAACAACAGCAACAGCAGCAAUAACAACCACCCCAAUGGACCCGACUCAAGACUCAACCGACGCAGCAUACCUGUCCAUGCUCACCCGCACCAUCCCUGGGGUCGGAAACACCCCCUAUGUCCCAACUGCCUCAAAACCAACCUCCUCCAUAUCCCAUAUCACAAACAAAAACACCGCCACCAACGACCUGACAGCCCACUCCACCCAUGCCAUCGCCAUCCUGGAGCACGCUCAACAGGACGCCCUCUUUAUCUCCGAAGGCGAAGAGCGCUUCCAGACCGUCGAUAUCUUCAUCCCCAGUAAUCAAUCGCAUGCGCCUUCAUCUUUACCUUCAACAACAACAACAACAGUAACGACCAGCAGCAACACUGCCGCAAGACCCCUUCCGUCCGAAUCAGAUCUUUUGUCCAUUCUCAAGGAAGCACAGCUCCUUCCUAACGAGUCGGAUAUCGCCUGCGAACAGACGACCGACCUCCAUAUCAUCCUCAACCAAUCCAACCCUGGAUCCGAUAAAAUCCAAAGCGCCCUGUUGGAUCUCUUUCACUAUGAUCCCACAGCAUCACCAACACAGCAUCCCACCGUGGCCCUCUACAGGGUGAUCUUGCCCUCUUCUCCGACCAGAGUCCAUCUAUGGAUUCUAGGCUGGGUCGAUCAGCAUCUCAUGGGAUUCCAUACGAUCAGUAUCGAGACUUGAUCUUCUUGUUCAUCCAUGCAAUAAUAAAGUGUCUAUAUGUCUAUAGCACAGUAAGAUUUUUUUUUUUA